AUCCAACGAAACUUUCGUUAUGCAACCGACACGACGCAACGAACUGGGACACGCGCUCACGCGCUAGGACACUAAACCUCUCACAUUCUCUAUUGAGGUUAGGAUCAGGUACCCGCUUUUUUACUGUUUUUGUUGGGUUAGCAAUUAUUACAACGGUCUACCUGAGACUUUCUGGUCAGCGUAAUGUUACCACCAUCCAGUAGCUGUGUCAUUAGAAUUAUCAUUCACUAAUGGACGGGGAAGAAAGAUCUGAUGUGUCAGUUAGGAAUAAAUUUCUCAAAUACCUAAGCUACAUAACCGUGGAACCGACCUUGGUGCUGUAUAUGAUGGCCUUCAUGACCACAUCAGUAGUGGAACAGUCGUUUUAUGUUUACAAGUCGUGUUCGGUCAAUCACAGGUACAACGACACGAUUUGUCAUAACAUGAACGACAAAAGGUACGAGAAUAUUACAAAAGAAGUACAGAAAACUACAUCAGUAUUUCACUUAUGGAACAACAUAGCAAGCCAUGGUGUACCAGUAAUUUUGGCGCUUUUCAUGGGAUCAUGGUCUGACAGACGUGGUAGGAAAUUGCCGCUACUAAUUGGAUUGACAGGAAAGCUGUAUUUCUCAGCUAUGAUAGUGGUGAAUACCUUAAAGACGGAUUGGCCAGUCGAGUACAUAAUUUACACAGCUAGCGCUCCUAGCGCCAUGACAGGAGCGGAUGUUGCGAUUUUUGCAGCUGCUUAUGCCUAUUUAUGUGACGUUUCCUCGCCUAGGCACAGGACUACAAGGGUAACCAUAAUGGAAGUAUGCUACCUAGCAACCAUGCCCACAGGAGUUGCUCUUGGUUCCUUUCUCUUCAACAAAGUAUUAAACAAAUCAUAUACAAUAAUGUUCGUGAUAAACACAAUUCUUAUGGCAUUAUCAGUCAUCUAUACCUUGAUACGACUAGACUGGCAGAGUAACGAACAUCAGAGGCCUUUGUCAGAAGCUAAGAAUAUAUUUUUAGAUUUCUUUGACUACAAUCACGUGGUAGCUACAGUGAAAACAAUUACCAAAAAACGGAGGAAUAAUAGAAGAACAUACUUGUAUUGCUUGAUUAUCAUGAUGUCCAUAUACGUAUUCCAGAGAGAUGAAAGGGAAGUUAUGUACAUGUAUUGUCAGUUAGUGUUUAACUGGACCUUGGGCCAGUUUAGCAACUUUAGAACAUUCCAAUCAGCCCUUCAAGAUGCGGUGCUACUGAUUGCAAUGCCUCUGAUGAGUGGACUACUGGGCUGGCGCGAUACUGCUAUAGCAAUGCUAGGAGCAGCUGCUCAUGCUACUGCAAGAAUAUUCUAUUCAGCAGCUAACGUAGCAUAUGUAUUUUAUAUAGGUGGUGUAUUUGCUUCCUUUGGACCUAUAGUUGCUCCUGUAAUCAGGUCCAUGGUAUCAAAAAUUGUAAGCAACUCAGAGAAAGUGGUCUAUUCUUUGCGCGAGAUAUUCUUCCGAACUACUCAACUGGGUCACUGAACAGCACCUAAAAGGACCUCACAUUUUCUUCCUAUGAGAGUUCGAGAUUUGGUUUAUUUUUAAGAAAACUUGGAAUGUUAUUGUAGAUAGCUUGAUGAAAAAUGUCCAUGGGCACAACUUGAUCCUUAGAAAGGCAUUCUCAGUUUUAUCUGUGGCCGACAACGCAGUUCCAGUAAUAUCAGGAGUAUGCUAUGGUGCGCUAUAUAAAUCAACGCUAUCGUCGCAUCCUUCGGCAAUCUUCUACUUAACGAUGGGAACACAGAUUGGAGUUUUUAUGUUGGUUUUAUAUAUUCAUAUCAAGACUGAUAGUCGUGAGUUCGAAGGAGAUGAAGUCGAAGCAGAAUCAGCUCAACAAACGUAGCACAUAUUUAUUUUAUUAUAUAUAAGUGUAGUUAUAAUAGAUUAUCCAAAUCAUCAAGGAAUACGUCAUAUUCUAAUUAAUAUAAUACCUCAUAGUUUUAUGGACAACAACAAGCUGCCUUGAAUUAGUACAUAUUGUUAUGUUACUAAUUGUAUUUUAUAUGAGUGACAAUAAAAUUGUUGCGUUUAA